AUGGAGGAACUAACUCGCCUCAUAACUUCAAGACGAGCACACAAGGCUCACCUAACAAAGAUUAAGACGAAAAUUGACCAGAUUGUUACUAAGGACAGUGUGGUGUCAGGACAAGAGAUCACUUUGAUCAAAWCUUAUAUCRAUCAACUAAGAAGUAAACAGGAGACCAUWAAYACUCUAAACGACCAAAUCGCAAAYCUUAUCGACAGCCCAGAAGAUCUCGAGAAGGAAAUCAUAGACGCAGAAGACUUAAACGACUCUAUUGUAGAGAAAAUGUGCCUYACCGAGGGAUUCAUCGCUGARCUUGACCUCAAGGCAAAGGAAACACACCCCCAGGGAGACUCGCCGCCAUCAACGAUACAACAUACUGGAAACGUCCACGAUCAAGCCAGUACGUCUAAGGAACMKGAACAACACGUAAAUCAAGCAAUUGAUGRACCGAUACCAACACAAGGUAACAWCGUAACACAAGGUAACAAUGUCAACAUUCCAGCYUCACAACCGGAAAAUGUAUUGCCCAAACCGGUAAGUACAACUACACACGUAUUUUCAAGCAGUCGACUGCCAAAGUUAGUUUUACCAACGUUUAAUGGAAACCCGCUCGAAUGGGCUAGCUUUUGGGACUCUUACCGGUCGGCAGUACAUGACAAUGCAUCUCUAAGUGAAGUACAAAAGUUCAAUUAUCUUAAGGCCCAAUUAUCAAACGGCGCCGAAAAGGUCAUCGCUGGCUUUCCAUUAACUAACGCUAACUAUGCCAAAAGUGUAGAGUUAUUAAAAGAAAGAUUUGGUCAAGCACAUAAGAUCAUUAAUGCUCACAUGGAGGCACUUUUAAACCUACCAKCGCCAACAAAUCGGCUAUCAAGYCUAAGAUCYYUUUAUGACAACAUUGAAACACACGUGCGUGGUUUAGAUGCGCUGGGAAAAUCAUCGAGUACAUACGGUGAUAUUCUCGUUCCUAUAAUYCAGAGGAAACUUCCCAACGAAGUAAAGAAAAACCUUGCCCGACAAAACGCUAAUAAGGAAUGGCAAAUUGACGAAUUACGAAAGGCUUUAUUGAAUGAAGUUGAAAUACUAGAAGCGGGACAAUACAACCCCCAAGAGURUGAAUCUGUCGGCAAAAUGCCAGUCAACGCAACUGCAGCAUUUUUCACAAAUUCUAAUGUAAAGUCGUCUAACACGCCAGCUAACCGCUCAACAUACAAACGAGAAUGCAUAUUCUGUAAGGGUCAACAUUAUCCAACCGAUUGCACUGUAAUAACUGAUAAGGAAARGAGACGCUCGUUUGUACGUGACGCUAARGCCUGUUUUAAUUGUCUUAACAAUCACCAAGUGUCGCAAUGCAAAUCACGUAACCGCUGUAAGUUAUGCAGUCGCAAACACCAUACCAGUCUUUGCCAGGGUAAUGAAUCGAAUUCUCAAGAUCCUAAGAAAUCURUACCAAAURCCAACAACAUUACRAGUUCACUAUUAYUAGAGAACACUGACGYGUCAUCUGUUUCGUCAUUACAUUCUGGCGCCAAACGYACCCGUAUUCUUCUGAAAACCGCYGUAGCGUAUGUUAAGGUCCGGAACAGCGACGUCUCUGCAAACAUUCUGUUUGACGAAGGUUCCCAACGAUCCUUUAUAACCACAUCAUUUGMAAACCAAUUAAGUCUUAAGAUAGAAGCGCAAGAAAGCAUCUCUCUAUCUACCUUUGGUGGGAACACGACCCCUGRUGAGAAUCAUGAUACAACCACAGUGCAUCUUAAAACAACACAAGGGGGGACAAUCCCUAUACACACCAUUAUUAGUCCUAUCAUUGCCGCACCCAUCAAUACCUACAACAACGACAAAACCCUACGGAAUCUUCCUCAUCUUAAGGGACUGACGUUAGCUCACCCUAMCGUUGAUGCUUCUAAUUCAUUUGUAGUUGAUAUUCUUGUAGGAGCAGAUCACUACUGGGACAUAGUAGAAGAAGAAAUAAUCAAAGGUCCAGGACCUACCGCAUCMAAAUCAAAAAUCGGUUAUCUACUAUCUGGUCCAUUGCCAAACAACAACAACAACAACAGCGACAACAACGCCGCCGACAUAUCAGCAUUACAUGUUUCAGACCAACAUGACCAACAGUUCAACUUGGAACGUUUAGACCAACAUGACCAACAGUUCAACUUGGAACGUUUCUGGAACUUGGACGCAAUAGGAGUUCAACCCGAAGACAACGAGACAUCUGACUUCCUGCAGUACUAUCAGGACUCAUCGAUCAYKCUAGAYAAUGGYCAGUACUCUGCGAAGUUACCAUGGCGUCCUAAUCAUCCCCYGCUCCCUUCCAACGAGGAGGUGACUCGACAUAGAACGCGCGCCAUGAUUAGACGACUAUCAGAAGACCCAUCCAAACUACGUAUGUACAACGACAUCAUCGUCGAUCAAGAAAAWCGGGGAUUCAUCGAGAAAGUAGAAGACCCCACCCAGUUUAGCGGUCCAUGUCAYUACAUACCUCACCACGCGGUACAUAAGGAUUCUGCAACCACACCCAUCCGCAUYGUCUACGAUUGUAGCUUUAAAUACAACCCUCAUCCAAGCUUGAACGACUGUCUACAACCAGGUCCUCCACUACURAAGGACAUGACGGGCAUCCUACUGCGAUUCCGCCUUCAUCAAUACGGCAUGUCAACUGACAUCGAAAAGGCAUUUUUACAUGUGAACCUCGACAAAGACGACCGAGACGCGACACGCUUCUAUUGGUUAGAUAACCCAGAUGAYCCAGAGAGUGAACUGAUCGUCUACCGUUUUAAGUCUGUUAUGUUUGGAGCUACCARUUCUCCUUUCAUACUUAACGCUACACUACACAAGCAUCUGUCACAAUWUGAUGAUCAAUUCAGCUAUGAUAUGCAAAGAAACCUCUAUGUUGACGACUUGGUGACCGGGACAGAUGAURAAGACWYCGCAUCAGCCUACUACCAAUACGCACGKGACAAGAUGUCAUCCGUCGGAUUCAACCUUAGAUCRUGGAGCUCAAAUUSCCAAAGGGUCCAAACCCUUGCUGAUCGUGACAACGUCUACGACCCUACAACAUCCAAGAAGAUACUCGGAAUGAUUUGGGAUAUCAACGCUGACAAACUACGUUUCCCAAACAAACAGUCAUCGGUUCGUCAACUCGCCACGAAGCGCGAAGUCCUACAGGAGACAGCAAAAAUCUUCGAUCCGCUUGGCUUUCUCCAACCCGUCACCGUGAGUGCAAAAAUCCUUCUCCAAUCUAUCUGGCAAGAAAAACUACAAUGGGACGAGCCUCUCCCACCACCUCUUCAAGACAAAUG